AAGGGGCCGCACCCCCUGCCCCGUCCCUGCGCUGGGCCGGGCAAGGGAGGUGCUUCGUGCCAGCUCCGCUCCCUCCCCCACUUCCCCGUCUCUGCCCUUUGCCCCCAGCCGGGAACCAGGCGUCUCUGCUGCCCCGGCAGCUCCCGGCGGGUCCCGCAGCAGCGACGGGCGAUGGGGCGAAUCCCCCACAGACCGGGCGGCCCUUGGCCGGGGAUUCUCCUGGCAGCCUCCGUCCUGGGCUCCUGCCUCCAGCCGGCGCCGGCCCAGACCCAGACCCCAGUGACCAUCGUCCUCACCCCGCGGAGCCCUGUGGUGGGAGGGGGCGUCAGCCUGGCCCCGCAGCCAACGCCACAGAACUUGCAGUCCUGCAGCUGGUACCGAUCAGCGACCAAUGAUGGAAACAGCCGGAUCCUCACCUACUACCCAGCCCCCCCGGUUCAGAACAACGGCUCGGCCCACACGGGGCGGGAGACAGCGGGGCCGGGUUGCGCCCUGCACAUCGCGGGGUUAAUGCUCAACUACACCGGGAGCUACACGGUGGAGAUACUGAGCAGUCCUAACCGUGUCCUCUCCAUCACUCUGCCCGUCUAUGAAAAGCUUGCCAAGCCCACGGUGACGCCGAACCAGAACCAGGUGCCUGAGAAUGGGACCCUCACCCUCACGUGCAACACUUCCCCCAGCGCCGACACUGUGCUCUGGCUCCAGAACGGGUCGUACAACACACCCAACAAGCGGCUGGGGCUGUCCCCUGACAACCGGACCCUCACGGUGCAGAAUUUCACCUGGGGCGACACCGGGACCUACCAGUGCGAGGUCAGGAACCCCGUCAGCAGUGAACGCAGCGAGCCCAGCACCGUGACGCUGGCCCAUGGGCCAGAAUCCGCCAGGAUAGACCCUCCAGGACCCGUCAACCUGACCCUUGGGUCCCGUCUCACCCUGACGUGUGUCACCGACUCUGUCCCAGCCCCGAGCUAUUCCUGGUUUCUCAAUGGCAACAAAUUACCCCAGACCGGGAGCAGCUUGACCUUUGACCUGACAACGUUAAAUCUGGGCACGUACAAGUGCCAGGCUGACAACCCUGUCACCGGCCUCACGGCUAACGCGGAGAUCGAGGUGCUGGAAAAGCUUGCCAAGCCCACGGUGACGGCCAGCAAAACCCAGGUGCCUGAGAAUGGGACCCUCACCCUCACGUGCAACACUUCCCCCAGCGCCGACACCGUGCUCUGGCUCCAGAACGGGUCGUCCAUCGCACCCAACAAGCGGCUGGGGCUGUCCCCUGACAACCGGACCCUCACGGUGCAGAAUUUCACCUGGGGCGACACCGGGACCUACCAGUGCGAGGUCAGGAACCCCGUCAGCACUGAACGCAGCGAGCCCAGCACCGUGACGCUGGCCUAUGGGCCAGAAUCCGCCAGGAUAGACCCUCCAGGACCCGUUAACCUGACCCUUGGGUCCCGUCUCACCCUGACGUGUGUCGCCGACUCUGUCCCAGCCCCGAGCUAUUCCUGGUUUCUCAAUGGCAACAAAUUACCCCAGACCGGGAGCAGCUUGACCUUUGACCUGACGACGUUAAAUCUGGGCACGUACAAGUGCCAGGCUGACAACCCUGUCACCGGCCUCACGGCUAACGCGGAGAUCGAGGUGCUGGAAAAGCUUGCCAAGCCCACGGUGACGUCGAACCAGAACCAGAUGCCCGAGAAUGGGACCCUCACCCUCACGUGCAACACUUCCCCCAGCGCCGACACCGUGCUCUGGCUCCAGAACGGGUCGUACAUCGCACCCAACAAGCGGCUGGGGCUGUCCCCUGACAACCGGACCCUCACGGUGCAGAAUUUCUCCUGGGGCGACGCCGGGACCUACCAGUGUGAGGUCAGGAACCCCGUCAGCACUGAACGCAGCGAGCCCAGCACCGUGACGCUGGCCUACGCCCCUCGUCCGGGUCUCUCUGCUGGGGCCGUCGCUGGGAUCGUCAUCGGGUCACUGGCGGGGGCGGCGCUGGUCGGAGUCUUGGCCUAUUUCCUCUACUCUCGCUGCCGGAAUGAAACCCCCAGGGAGAAUGAGGCACCCGUCCCGGUGUACGAGAACCUGCCCCCUACAGCUGGGGCGGGGCCAGUGGCCCAGCCCAGGAGCCCCCCUGACCCCAGCCCCACGUACCAGACGCUGCAGCCCCGACAGCCGGACGUGUACGAGGAGCUGAAGAAGUGACGCCCCCUCCUGCCCCCGGGGCCUGCUGGGAGGGGCCCGGGGCAUGCUGGGAGGGGCGUGUCCCUGAGCCUGGGUCCCGACGUCCCGUCGAUGACGCGUUAAAGGGCAGGAACAGUCACCGCCCGGCCCGGGGGUCCGUCCGUCCGUCUGUCCAUGCUGCUCCCUGGGCCCAUCACCGCAGCGUCUGGGCCCCUGCGAGGAAAUCAGAAAGUCGGCGCCUGUGACUGGCUCUGGCUCCGUUGUGCCCAGCACAGGAUUCGGCUGGUGACGUCUCACGACCAAACACCCCCGGCCUGGGGCACGUGCCCUGUUCUCUGCCCGCCUGACCUGGGCCUGGCGCUCUGUGUCCCACACCAGGCCGCGGGAGCUCCCCACUGCACGGAGGGGCCCGGGUGGUUCAGUGACUGGCCUGGUCCCAUGGGGAGUCUGUGGGGCUGCAGGGACUCAGACCCGGGUCUCCCCAGUGCCCGGCUGGUGCCCAAACCAGGGCCAGGGGUCCCCGCCCAGGGCUUCCCCCCACCCUCCCCCCAGUGCCCGGCCCCACGUCUUCCCCUCCCGGGGGCAGUUCUCCCCUGCAGAGCUGUGAGCAGCGACACCGACCCGCCCGGACAGGACCCGGGACCCCUGGCGGAGGGCACAGGGCACUGAGGGGUUCACAGGGCCCCCGGCCCUGACGUCUCCAGACCAGCCCCCAAAGGGGUUGGGAGGUCCCUGCCCCGAGCCGGCAGCGCUGGGCGCGGUGACCGCGGUGAGCCGUGUGCUGGGGGCACGGCCGGAGCUGUGUCUGGCCUGGGUCCCAGGGGCCGGUUCCAGCCAGGCAGCGGGAGGCGCCAGGCCCGUCCCUGGCAGACAGGAGGCACCGGGCCGUUCUCUCUGUGCCCGGCUCCGGGGGCGCUGGGUGGUGCCGAGCUCGCCAGGCGGCUGGUUCCACCCGGAGCCAGGCCCCAGCAGCGUCUGCACCAGCCCCAGGGAAGCAGCUGGGAGGGAAAAGCGCCCA